AUGCGGAGGAAGGAGGUCCGGCGGGGCGCGGAUGGAUCCGCCUCGGACCCGGCGAGGCAGCUUGAGCUCGGCGGCUGGACUUGCCGGCGUCGGGGACGAGGCGCAGGAGAGCAGAGGGCCUGCGGGGCGGCGCAGCGAAGCAGACCCCAGCGCGGGUCUUCAGCGGCAGAAGGCAAGGCCGGAGGACGGGUCCGUCCAGGAACAGGCGGAGGCGAGCUGGGCGUCGCGGCGAUAAAGGCCAAGGCGACGGCAUGGUCCUGCUGGUCCGGCGGCUCUGCAGGUGCAGGCGCAGGAGGAGCUCAGGGCUGGGUCCAUGAGAGGAAGCUCAGGAGUUUUCUGCUGUUGGUGGAGGCGAGCUCCAUGGGGCGGCCUUGGGUGGUCUGCACGGGGAGACGAGGGGAAGGCAGCGACGACGGGGGACGACCAUGGAUGCUCCUGCAGGUUUUUUGGAGAAGGCAGAGAGCAGGUGAGAGAGGGAACCAGAGGGAAAGGGAGCAGAGGAAGCGAAGGAGAAGCAGCGAGCGGGGAGGAGCCGUGACCGGAGUUGGAGACGAGUGGGACGAGGGAGAGGAGCGCUCGGGCGCUGCUGCUGCUUGCAGGUGA